GUCUGGAUAUGAUAGAAGGAAAAAAAAAAACUUCAAAAUCUGACUAUUAAUACAAGUUUGAAUUAGAAAACACAAAAUUAAACUAAUUGAACAAUUGCAAGUUGCAACAAUAAUACAAUUAUUCCAUGCAAGUGAGAAUCAUGAUGACACAAACAUUUGUUGCAUGAAUCUUCAACUAUACAAUCCAUUGACUUCAUUAAUAAAAACAAAAUAGAUUAGAUCAUGUUUACAUAAUAACAAGAACCUACAACUAAUCACAAAGUCAAUGGUGUUUAAACACCAAAUGAUCAUAAAAACCAAAAUAUAUUCCAAAAUUAGAAGCUAAAUUGUAUCAUUCAACUUUACAAAAAUAUGCAAAUCCUCAAAAAACCAAUCUUUUUCCUCCUGUCUUUUUUGUUCUUAAUCUCAACCAAAUCCAUGGAAAAUAACACAAAUCUUUCUGAUCUUUGCUUAAUACAAGUAUGCAGCUACCGCAAACCGGUCAAUCGAUACGUUCAAUUUCCAUUUCUUCUUAGCAAUGAGUCCCUUCCAACGUCUUGUGGGUAUCCAGGGUUUGAUUUGUCAUGUAAUAAAGAUUAUGAGCUACAAAUUAACCUGCCUAAUUCAGGGGUGUUCUCUGUUCAAGAAAUAGAUUAUGUCCAUCAAGAAUUAUGGCUUAAUGAUCCUGAUAAUUGUCUCCCAAAAAGGCUUCUUUCACUAAAUAAUGCCUCAAAUUUCGUUGGUAAUAAUUCUCCUUUUAGUCCUGUUUUAGAACAGGAUUACUGGUUUUUUAAUUGCUCUAAUGAUUUUUUCAACUCUUCGGAUGAUCAUCAAUCGAAGCCAAUCGAGUGCCUAAGUGGGCAAAGUUAUGGGGUUUUUGCUACUCCCUUAGAAAAUAUUGUAAAGGGUAAUUCUUCUUUAUGUGUUAAAAUAGGUCCUAUAAGAGUUCCUGUAAGAAAAAGGUCUAAUAAAAGUAUGUACUCUUCUUCGGAACUUAAGGAUGAUAUUAUGCUCACUUGGGCUCAACCUCAUGAGUGUAGGGAGUGCUACAAAAGAGACGGGAAUUGUAGGUUCAAGAGCAAUUCUAGCUUGGAAGUGGGAUGCUUCAAUCUUCCUCGUCGUGGUUUUUCAAGAGGAGCAAUGAUUGUUAUUGCCUUAGCAUUUGCAACACCAUUAGUAUUGGUUACUAUAUGCAUUACAUACUACUAUAUCAAGGCGGUUUGCUUAAGAAGGAGAGCAACAAAUGCAAGACUUACAAGUCUUAUACUCACCUCAACAGUCACUCCGCAACCUCAACAUGUCAUCCAUGGUCUCGACCAAUCAAUAAUCGAGUCCUACCCGAAAGUAGUCCUAGGUGAAAGUCGGAGACUGCCAAAGCCGGAUGAAAAAUGUUGUCCUAUAUGUUUGGGUGAAUAUUUAGCCAAGGAUAUUUUAAGGACGAUACCGGAUUGUCGCCAUUGUUUCCAUGCUGAUUGCAUUGAUGAAUGGCUUUUAUUGAAUGCUUCUUGUCCUGUUUGCCGAUAUUCUCCUUCCCAAAUUCCCGAAAAUAAUGCUUAAUCAGCUUACUUGUUCAUAAUUAUGAAUUGUCCUUAAUUCUUUUAAGUCCAAAUUGUAGAUAGUUGAUUAGCAAAAAUGCAAGACUAUGUAGCAGACAAUUUUUGUAAUGUAGAAUAAUGAAACUAUGGAUCAAUGCUGCUUCAAUCCGUUUUUGUAGAUCAAGCAAUAUUUGUUUACGUUGUUAGAAAAUUAUUGAACAAUAUUCAACCUAACUCUUAUAAACUUGGUAAGAUUAAUGUGAAAGAUUGAUUUUGAUAUAAAAUAUAAAAUAAU